UAGAGUGCAACUGCGUGCAACUGAUAUCAACACUUUUAUAUUGCAACGUCUACAGAUUGAUGAUUUGGCGGUUGAAGUUGUACCAGCUGGCUAUUAUAAGCCAACAUUUUAUAAUCCUAACCCAAUGAAGCUUCCUGAUCGAGAGAACUGGUUACACGACUUGAUUAAAUUUGCUCACUCACAAAUUAAGAAAAAACACAACUUUAGCUUGUGGAAUUUAAAUGAUAAGAUUCAUCUGGCUAUCAUAAUUGAUAAUCAUGGCAAAGUAAAGAAAGAAGAAGAUGGGACUAAGACGAUUAAUGAUGAUGCUCAGAAAAUCAAGGAAGCCCUUAACAACCUUGGGUAUUGUACCCUCUACUUCAACUCACUCAGUUCUCGACCAAUCAACACUCUACUGGAAGUGCUUCAUCAGAUAGAUCACUCUCAGUUGGCCACAUUUGCUUUUAUUUUCCUCUGUAAGGGCAAAACCAGACACCUUUAUGAUUGCAACAGCGAAAUAGUUGAGGUUGACAAAAUUUUUGGGCGCCUCCAAAAUGAUCAGUCUCCUUUUGCUCAAUUACCGAAAAUCUAUUACUUUCAUAUAGCCCAUGACCAGGAGCCCAAAGAGAAACUUGAGGUUUCGUCUAUUCCUUCUAAAAAUUCAAUUCUUCUCAUAACAUCUGUAAUCCAGGAGAAUAGCAGUGUGGUUCUAGACACUGUUAUGAAUAACUUGAAGCAGGGGGCCAGCAUACAAAAAUGCUUUGCAGAGAUUCAAGAAGAAUUUAACAGAAAAAAUAAUACGAACAUGUACAUCGAUAGUUUUACUGACAAGUUUGUUCUACCUACACCAUAUAAACCUUUUAACUCAAGAGCAGAGAAAGAGUACUACAAGAAGCAGCUGGAGCUAUACCGCUCUAUGUGGCACCCAAUACGUUCUGAGACCAUCAGUGUCAUAUCAGAAAAUAAAGAUAAAAUAAAUCUAAACUUAUGUUAA